AUGAAUGACGGUACGCUCGCUAUCUGGAGAGGAAGUGUUCGAUUGCGAAAUGUAUGCCGUUUUGGUUUUGUUGUGCACCCAUCUGUCGUUCAUGUUGUUGAUUCUCACGAGGUCCUGUCACUUUGUCUGGUUAUUUUUCUCAUGUACCCUCUGCGCCAAAAACUCACUAACAUCGUCAACUGCAACUCCCUAAUAUCAGCAACUGAUGAAUCUGAUUUGGUCGCCUUUUAUGAGAAGCUGGAAGAAGUGAUUCGCAACGAAAACUCCUUCUACAGAUUUGGGGUCGGAUACUUGAACGCAAAACAAGGAAAGGACACCGAAGAGGAGCGUACGAUUGGAUGA